AUGCUACCCCUUAACCUAAAAUUGUGCUUAAUUACACUUUUGUCCUUGCUCCUUGCUUGCGUUAACCUUGUCGCUUUUAAUUUAAUCAAAGAGAUCCAUGGUUGCGCCGUGAGGAACUCCAUCCACCUGCAUCACCAGUUGAGCAGUGCUUUGAUUGAAGUGUUUGAGAGAUGUGGUUCUCUUCGUUGUGCAAGUUUGGUGUUUGAGAAAAUGAGGGAUGAGGACAAAGAUGUGGUUAUGUGGAGCAAUUUGAUCCCUACGUGCACCUUCCACGGUGAGGCGGAGGUGGGGCUAGAGAGUUUUCGAUGGAUGGAGACUGUCGAAGUUCGGCAGAACGGGGUUACAUUUCUCGGGGUGUUGAAGGCUUGCAAUCAUGUUGGGUUGGUGGAUGAGGCGGUGUGGUAUUUUGCAAGGAUGAGUGGGGAGUAUGGUGUGGAGGCUGGGAGUGAUCAUUAUUCGUGCUUGGUGAAUGUUUUGGGGAGGGCUGGGAGGUUGUAG